AAAGAUAAAAGGAAAAAAAGAAAAGGAGGCACCGACGAGAUCGAUAGAUUUCACGCGUCGUCCCCAACUCCUUGAUUGUUUUCAUCACAUCAUUUCUCAUUUUGCACACACUCCACACAGUGCAACACUAAAUGUGAUCUCCAUCUCUGCCGUCCAGGAAAAUCCCUAAAUUUGUCAAUGGCUACUCAUCUCCGUUCUCUUUCUUCAGUUUUCAAUCUUUUUCUCGUAGUUACCAUGGUCCUCAACGACGUAGUCCUAUGCAAGACGCUUAAGCGAGACGUGAAGGCAUUAAAUGAAAUUAAGGCGUCACUUGGAUGGAGAGUAGUGUACGCUUGGGUUGGAGAUGAUCCUUGUGGAGAUGGUGAUUUGCCUCCUUGGUCAGGUGUCACGUGUUCCACUGUGAGUGGGAGUGAUUAUAGAGUUGUUACAGAACUAGAAGUAUAUGCAGUUUCGAUUGUUGGUCCUUUUCCGCUUGCAGUUACUAAUCUGGUGGACCUUACGAGGCUGGACCUACAUAAUAACAAAUUGACUGGACCAAUUCCGUCGCAAAUUGGACGACUAAAGCAUCUUAAGAUACUUAAUUUGAGGUGGAACAAAUUCCAAGAUUCCAUUCCUCCUGAAAUUGGUGAACUAAAGCAGCUAACGCAUCUCUACCUGAGUUUUAAUAAUUUCAAGGGUGAAAUUCCCAAGGAGCUUGCAUAUCUUCCUGAACUUCGUUAUCUUCAACUACAUGAAAAUCGUUUGACUGGGAGAAUUCCACCUGAACUGGGAAUGUUGACAAAUCUACGGCACUUGGAUGUUGGCAACAAUCACUUGGUUGGGACCAUAAGGGAACUAAUUCGUAUUGAAGGAUGCUUCCCAGCUCUUCGUAAUUUGUAUCUUAAUAACAACUACCUCACUGGAGGCGUUCCAUCACAGCUUGCCAAUUUAACGAACUUGGAAAUCUUAUAUCUUUCUUAUAACAAAAUGUCUGGAGUUAUACCAUUUGGGCUGGCUCAUAUUCCUCGAUUGACCUACUUGUACUUGGAUCACAACCAAUUUUCUGGGAGAAUUCCUGAUACCUUCUACAAGCACCCAUUUAUAAAAGAAAUGUACAUUGAAGGAAAUUCGUUCAGGCCAGGCGUGAAACCUAUUGGUGACCACAAAGUCCUGGAACUUGCUGAUUCAGAGUUCCUGUUUUAGGCAAAUGAAUUACGAUUCAUCUCAAGUUUUGACCAGAAUUGAUUUAUAUUAUCAUCUGAAUUCUCACUCGUACGAACUCAUCCAAAUAUAUUUAAAAAAAUUGAUGCCACAAGAUUCAUGUAAUGUAGCUUCCAACAAGAAGAUCAUUGAGGUUUUAUUGAGCCUCUUUGUUUGGCUGAAUUGUAAAUAGAUUAACAUCAUUUUGAAGUAUUACCUUAUAGUUAUUGGUUGCCUGUGUUAUUAUAUCAUGUACUCUUUUGUUCAUCAGUUAUGCUAAAAUUGAUGUUGGUUCCUUGGAGUUGAUUUUUCUUCGAUUUCUGGUAUACUUGGACAUA